AUGUCGACCAACCAGUUGGAUGCCUUCCCCGGCCCGGCCUUGCUGAAGAUCUCCCCGUGGGCGCUGUUCGACCGAGCAUGGACCGCCAUUGUCGGAUAUCCUGUGACCCAGUUUCGCUUCAGGGUGGGCGUGACGCCCAUGUCUACGUUCAAAGAAACCUUUGUCAUGAUCUCGCUGUACUAUUUCACCAUCUGGGCCGGGUGGGAGUUAAUGAAAAAGCGCCAGCCCUUCAAGCUGAAGACCCUGUUCAUGCUGCAUAACUUUGUUUUGACCGUCAUUAGCGGGGCCUUGCUGGCACUCUUUCUGGAACAGAUAAUCCCGUCGCUCUGGAAGCACGGGCUAUACAAGUGCAUCUGCAGUGGCCCAGGAUGGACGAAGCAAUUGGUCGUGCUGUACUACGUGGCUCAACUAUCUUACGAAAUACUUCGAACUGCUGGACACCAUUUUCCUCGUCCUGAAGAAGAAGCCAUUGAGUCAGUUGGUCGUCUUCCGGCGGCGAGUUGGAGCACAACACGGCUAACUGGUUUAUACAGCCUUCCUUCACACGUAUCAUCACGGCGCUACUGCGUUCCUCUGCUACACCCAACUCAUUGGCAGGACACCGCUCUCAUGGGUUCCCAUUACGCUGAACUUGACUGUGCACGUGAUCAUGUACUGGUACUACUUCCAGAGUGCACGGGGGAUCCGCAUCUGGUGGAAGGAGUGGAUCACUCGGUUGCAGAUUAUCCAGUUCAUUCUCGAUUUGGGUACGAUCUCCAGACACGGCAGUCGAUAAAGGAAGAGAAGCUGAUGAGGUCAUCUUGCACAGGAUUCGUCUAUUUCGCAACCUGGGAUCACUACGCGGAUGAAUGGGGAUACCACAGUUUCCAUAUCGGCCGGUGUGAGGGUGAGCUCUUUGCUGCAGCUUCUGGUUGUUUGAUCCUCACCUCGUACUUGAUGCUCUUUAUUUGCUUCUACAUCUCGACCUACAAGAAGCCAGUGGAGAAGAAUCGCAAGCAGGUUGCCGCCCAGUCAGCCGCCAAGGAGCAGGGAGCCGCUACUGCGACUGGACGAGCGGCGGAAACGCUCAAGUCUGCUCGCAGUCGUUUCGGGCCUGCGAGCAUGGACAUGGUUGAAUCCAGCAAGGGGCAGUGGGCUGCGUCAGCAAUCCAGAGACAGCAUGAUUAA